AUGUGGCUCACUCUAAACAUCUGCCUGUAUCUGUCCUUUUACUAUAUUUCUGCUGCUUUCAUCUCAGAUUCCUGUCAGCUCCAGAAACGCUUCAAAUUGAAUGGGAUGUACCAGAAUGGAGACUUUAUCAUUGGAGGCCUGUUUGAGGUUCAGCACCUCAAAGUUUUCCCAGAACUUAACUUCAGAACUGAGCCGGAAGUUCCCCACUGUGAGGAAUUCUAUAUGGCAAGUUUCCAGCAGGCACUGACCAUGCUUUUUGCCAUAAAUGAGAUAAAUAAUAACAAUCUGCUGCCUAACAUCACACUUGGUUAUCAGAUCUAUGACAACUGUUUAAGGCUUGGAGUGGCAUUCCGGGCUGCAAUAUCCCUGGUUAGUGGUACAGAGGAGUUCUUCUCAGACCUCAACUGUACUGGCCCUCCCCCAGUGAUUGGGAUUGUGGGGGAUCCAGGUUCAACUCAAUCUAUAGCAAUUUCCAGUGUGCUGGGACUGUUUCGAGUUCCUAUGGUUAGCUAUUACGCUACCUGCUCCUGUUUGAGUGACAGAAAAAAGUACCCCUCUUUCUUCAGAACAAUCCCCAGUGAUGCUUUCCAGGUACGGGCUAUGGUUCAGAUCUUGAAGCAUUUUGGAUGGACCUGGGUUGGUCUCCUCUACAGUGAUGAUGACUACGGCAUCUACGCUGCUCAGUCAUUUCAGCAGGAAAUGCACUGGUUUGGGGGUUGUGUGGCCUUCUCUGAGAUUCUGCCUUAUGAUAACAACCUUAGGGAUAUUCAACGAAUUGUAGAGGUUAUUCAGACCUCUACAGCCAGGGUAGUUGUAGCAUUCUCAACUGAUCUGUCAUCCCUGAUGGAUGAGUUGUUGAUGCAAAAUGUCACAGGCAAGCAGUGGAUUGCAAGUGAGGCUUGGACAACAACGCCUGUCCUACAAACUCCACAAUAUUUGUCCCUACUGGGGGGCACACUGGGCAUCGCUAUCCGUCGUGGACAGAUUCAGGGACUUCAUGACUUUCUAAAAGGUCUCCGUCCUGACAAUAAUCCAAAAAACAGUACAAUAAAAAUUUUCUGGGAGAACAUGUUUGAGUGCAAGUUUGGAGGCAAAAAUAUAGCUCAAGAGCAAGAACAAGGGGAAAAGAAAUGUUCAGGACAAGAGGAUUUGAGCAACACAGAUACAGCAUUCACUGAUGUAUCAGAGCUGAGGGCCUCAUAUAAUGUGUAUAAGGCAGUUUAUGCUCUAGCACAUGCUCUUCAUGACCUGAUGCAGUGUGAGGAGGGCAGAGGACCAUUCAGUAAGAACAGCUGUGCUGACAUAUCCAACCUGAAACCUUGGCAGCUAGUUCACUACCUAGGGAAAGUGAACUUCACUACAGCCUUUGGAGAUCAUGUGUCAUUUAAUGAGAAUGGAGAUGCUCUGGCCAUCUAUGAUGUGAUGAACUGGCACCCGAGGUCUGACGGGUCGAUCAUUGUCCGCACAGUCGGUGUGGUAAAUGAAGGGGUGACAACAGGGAAGAUGCUCAAACUGGAUGACGAUGCAUUAUAUUGGAACUUUGAGACAAAAAAGCCACCACGGUCUGUGUGCAGUGAGAGCUGCCCCCCAGGAACAAGACGAGUCAGGAGGAAGGGCUUUCCUGUCUGCUGUUUUGACUGUCUGCCAUGCGGAGAUGGAGAAAUUUCUAAUACAACAGAUUCACCUGAAUGUUUCAGGUGUCCAGAUGAGUUUUGGUCAAGUCCAGAAAAUGAUAAUUGUAUACCCAAAGAAGUGGAAUUUCUAUCUUAUGAAGAUCCGCUGGGAAUUUCUCUGACAACAGCCGCCCUUUUAGGCACAAGUUUCUGUGCUCUUGUGAUGGUCAUCUUUGCACAUCACCGAAAUACUCCCAUAGUACGCGCCAACAAUUCAGAGCUCAGCUUCCUGCUCCUGGUGUCACUCAAACUGUGUUUUUUGUGUGUGCUAUUGUUCAUUGGCCGGCCGCAGUUGUGGACAUGUCAGUUAAGACAUGCUGUGUUUGGCAUAAGCUUUGUCCUGUGUAUCUCCACUAUCCUUGUUAAGACUAUGGUGGUAAUAGCUGUGUUUAAGUCAUCUCAACCAGAGGGGAAAUCUGCCAUAAAGUGGUUUGGUUCAGCACAGCAAAGAGGGACAGUGUUGGCCUUAAUUUCUACACAGGUACUAAUAUGUACAGUCUGGUUAUCCACAGCAUCCCCAACACCCCAUAAAAACAGUCAUUAUAUUCGCUCUAAAAUAGUAUAUGAAUGUGCUAUUGGCUCAGUGGCUGGUUUUUCUCUACUGCUGGGAUACAUUGGCCUCCUUGCAGCAAUAAGUUUCCUAUUAGCCUUCAUGGCAAGGAAGCUUCCAGAUAAUUUUAAUGAAGCAAAGUUCAUCACUUUCAGUAUGUUGAUCUUCUGUGCUGUGUGGAUUGCAUUUAUUCCAGCAUAUGUGAGCUCUCCAGGGAAAUAUGCAGUAGCUGUGGAGAUAUUUGCCAUUUUAGCUUCCAGUUUAGGAUUACUGGUGGCCAUAUUUGCCCCAAAGUGCUACAUUAUUGUUUUACAUCCAGAAAGAAACACUAAAAAAGCCAUCAUGGAAAGACCAACCCAAAAGAAAUAGUUUUACAUGGUGACCACAUAAAUUAUUAUCUGCUGCAAGAUCCUGUACCAAGUCUCACUCUCCUGCUUGUACAAGUUUAUUUAACAUUUAGGAAAUUAUAUCAAUUUAUACCUUUGGUGUGUUUAACAGGUAACAGAUUUAUUAGGU